GUAUGUAAUUACACGUAAUACAAGCUUCAAUUUAAGGUAAAAUUCAACCACAAACAAUUCACAAAACGUUUUAAAGUGUUCUUUAUAAAACUAAACUGCCUUUAACUAUUAAAUGGCUUUAUCGAUAAACUUUGAGUUUGCAAUAAAAUGAUUUCAAAUUCUCGCUUGCAAAUAACUUUGGUCUUUGCUUUAUUUUUUAUUUAAAAAAUUCAAUAUAAUAAAAAAGGGAAUCAAUAUUAAAGUUACACUGAAAUUUAUAUAUGCUGUCUUGUGUAGUUGUUUCAUAUACGCAAAGGCCGUCGGGUUUUAAAGCCAUUAUAAAAUCAAUAUUUAAAACAAACUUACCUUCGCUAACGUCGGCUCCCUUCUUUUAGCUGAUUCUUUCGCCCUUUCUUUCUUGAAAUUUACAAAAUCUUGCAGAAAUACGACCAAAAAUGAAAUAUAUUUGCAAGAAGUUUAUCAAUCAUCAAAUCAAGAAAUGUUUGCUAUUUCGCUGUCGUCAUGCAGUCGUUAUAAUGCAAACUUUAAAUUGGACCAAUCAGUGUCCGUUAUUCAUGACAAUCCGCCAUAUUUUUGAGAUCAGUGAGGAUGACCACCCAUCGUUGGUGACCGACGCAUAGAGAUUAUAAAUAACACUGUGUUAUUUAUAAUCUCUAUGGACCGACGCCCGCGCUCAUUGAUGAACUUUAGACUUCGCUAAUGCUUUCGUUUCCCCGGGUGUAAAUAGCCGGGGGGAAUUAGUACCCUCGCACGGCGCUUCGCGCCGCCGGCUCGGGGAUUAAAUUCUCUAUUAAUAAAUGUCUAUGAGUAAAAUACGAUAUAGGAAUAGUGUAGUUGUAUAAGAAAUUAAAAUUCCUAUAAGAAUUCUUAUAGGAUAUGAUAAUGGUGAAAAAAUUCCUAUAAGAAAUAGAAAUUCCUGUAGGAAGGAGUUAUUUCGUAAAUUAGAUUUAUCUGUAUAAUUUUUUAUAUAAGUAAAGCCCCUAUACCCAUGCAUGUAUCAGGCCAUAUCGGUAUAGGCUAUGAAUUUUUCCCACCAUUUUCCAAUCCUAUAAGAAUUCCUAAAUUUCAAAUCCUAUAGGAAUUUUCAUUUCCUAUAGGAAUUCCUAUAGCCAUUUUCCAAUCCUAUAGGAAUAUUUUUUCCUAUAGCCAAAAGGAAUUCCUAUAGGAAAUUUCAAUUCCUAUAGGAAUUCCUAUAGGAAUUUUCAAUGCCUAUUGUAAUUCCUAUAGGAAAUUUUAAUUCCUAUUGGAAUUCCUAUAGGAAUUUUCAAUGCCUAUAGGAAUUCCUAUAGGAAAUUUCAAUUCCUAUAGGAAUUCCUAUAGGAAUUUUUUUGACCAUUUUCAAUUCCUAUAGGAAUUCCUAUAGGAAUUUUCAAUUCAUAUAGGAAUUCCUAUAGGAAUUUUCAAUUCCUAUAGGAAUUCCUAUAGGAAUUUUGAUUUCCUAUAGGAAUUCCUAUAGGAAAUUUUCGUAAGGGAGUGAGUGUUUUAGAUUUGAUUGCUAGGGAGAUCUUAUUAUUAUGCUGUAGUUGCAUUUUUAUCAAGGCAGAUAUCAUUGAUUUAAAAGGAGGGGUAGCAAAAUUUCUGGUGGGGUGCAAGCAGCACCGCUCAGUGAGCUUCGGCAGGGGUUAGGCGUUUGGGUUAAAGUCUUUCACACAAAAUAGGAGAGGUGAAGUGAAAUUUUGGUGGGGUUGAACACACUAUUAGAGGGGUUAGAGAGAUUCUAUUGGGGUUUAAUUAACCCGAAGCGUUUAAUACAAUAGUAUUCCACACAACUCGUCAGGGUUUCAGAUUAUAAUUUUGUCAUGGAAUCUAUUUUGAAUUACCAGCAUUACUUUAAUUUGGUAUCCAAACUGAAAAUCUGCUAUCCAAAUUAUCAAAAUAAGAAAACAUGCUUUCAGUCUUCAUAUUACUGUAAGUAAUGCCAUCAUCUCAAAAAUAAGAGGUUUUCUAUAUUACCUAAUGACAGAGUUUAAUGUUAACUGCAAAAUAACAAUGACAGAACAAUUAACACACUUUUGUAAUUAGUGGGAUGUCACCCGAAAAUUAGUAUAGCUAAUAUUGACGACCUUUUGCAUCAUUAAGCGCUCAUGUAAGGAAGCAAGAAAGUCUUACGUUUUGUCAUAUGUGUUGAAACACAGUUUUUAAUCCAGUCCUCCUCGGCAAUCUGAUGUUGUGUUGACAAAACCGCUGCUUGCUUAUUAGCUCCCUAUUGUCUUGAUUAAACAUGUGGAAAUGAAAUGGCUUAAAGGUAGGGUACAGUCGGUAUGUAAACAAAGCCUUUGUUUACAUUUCGGUGUUAAAAAUAUUGAACUUUAUUCGACAACUAUUUAUAUUUUCAUGCUUCUACAGUAUAAUAAAUGAUCAAGAUACAACAAUCAGGCUUUGCAAGAACAUAAAAUGAAAUAAAAACCUAAUUACUGUCGUUCCAAUUGAAGUGUUGCUCAAAUAUUGAUUCAAUACAUUAUCUCGGGUUGACCAAUUCAUUUCAUCAAGUUCCUCGAGAUAUUCAUACACUUCCUAGUAUAAUUGUAAACUUCCUGUUGAAUAGUUUGAAUGCACCAUGCAAUCACCUUUGUUGUUUGUGCAACUAACCAAUCAUAAAUAGAAAGGAAGUGACCAGAAAUGAUCAAAUACUUGGAAUUGGCUCUUUCACAAGAAGUGUAUGAAUAUCUCGAGGAACUUGAUCAAAUGAAUUGGUCAGCCUGGGGUAAUGUAUUGAAUCAAUAUUCGAGCAACACUUCAAUUGGAACGACAGUAAAAUGUUUAUAUCACGGCACGAGACUCCUAUGUGUGUAUGUGCAGACCAGACUGUACCCUAUCUUUAAGUAAGAACCUCCUGGGUAUCCAAAUGGUAUACAAAGUUUCAAUAGUGUUUCAGGUAUCCAAAAUUCAAAACCAGUAUUGUCAGAAUACUAGGAUAGUGGAAAUAUCAAACUUUGAUCUGUUGUGUAUUUUUUUCAGGCUUAAUAUGUCGAACAGCGGCCAGCAGCAACAACCUUACAACUACUCUUCCACCAACAAUGGAUCUCUGCCAGACCUCUCCAACCUUCACAUCCCGUCACCGUUGUCAGUGUCGAUCGACCAAGAUGAACAACAACAGCAACAGUACAAUCAGACAUUUUCCGCAGGUAACUCUAAUGUUUUCAUGAAUAGACAACCUCGUAGGAACACGACAGGAUCGAGCUGCAAACGCCAGGUCUAUCGGCACCAUCCUACACCUAACCUAGACCAUCUCCAAAUGCCGGGAAACUAUAUGUUUCAAUCCUCUAACAACACCUCCAAUCCAACGUCGCCCACAGUUGCACCCAUGUUUCAAGCGCCAAUGUCGCCGCUUGCUAAUGGUCCAGGUUACCUGCAAUAUCCAGGCCAAUUGGGCAGCGGUAGUCUCCAGCAACAGCUUGAGCAAAUGGCAACAAUUGCCGAGAAUAUGAAGCCGACAAUGGGCGAGGUCGCUAAUGGUCAGAUGGGGCAAGGUCUCCCACCACAGUCGCCGAAUACUUUCCUAAACAUGAUUUCGCAGAGCCCAGCCACGAUGGAAAAUGUUCGGCAAAAGUUUCAGGAUUAUUUCGGCAAUAUGGAGAUCAGUGAAAACAACAGCUUAGCAUCGGAUAUAGGGCAAGCAAUCGGUGGCUUUGAUGGUUAUUCUGGGAUGAACCCAAAUGUAGGAGAGUUCCCGGCUGGCCUCGCGCUAGAACCUCUGGAUGUACGGGAUAUUGAAGUACUUACGGGACAAUCUGUUGCAAGACCCGAGGUAGAAGAACAGUUUCGAAGGGAAGGCAAUCAACAGCAGGUAAGCAUGACUAUUGUUUUUGCAGCUUGGAACAGAAUGUUAUUUAUUUUGCAAUAGUCUCGCCAAAGGGCUAUUAUCUUGUAUCAAAAAACUUUUCUUGAAAAUUAUUUUGAUUUUCAUAUUUUCCCUUUGCAGCUCAUGCAAUAAAACACACCUACGGCAUUACUCUGUACAUUUGAAAAACUGGAGCAUGAUGGGAUUGAACAGUUAUAGAGAAAUAGUAUUGUCGGUUGCCAAUUGUCGAGUUUGAUUGCUUUGAAGAUGGUCUAAUGUUAGUAUUGGGGUGUUCCAGUGUACAAAAAUCUGUCGCAGUCAGUUGCGUUUAUACCAGCGCUGAUGACUUCAUGCCUUGUGACGUGAUUUGUGACGUCAUGCUCAUGACGUCAUUUCCGGUGACGCCACUUCGGCGACACGUUGACAUAGAAACGCAUGCAGAGAACCUGGUAACAUAGAGAUUUUUAAGAUAGAAUUUUAAUGCUUAGUAAUUUAGAUGGCUAGCUCGCAGAGUACGACAAUUUUUCGUAGAACAUAUAAAUGUGUUAAAUAAUUAUGAAUGCGAUAGUGUUACAUGUAAAAUAUGGUUUUAUAGUUGGAACAGUGUGCACGCGGUGCUGUUUGUGGCCAUUGUAGCAAAUUACUCAUUGUCCAAGCACUUAGUAGAUAUCCGUGUCUAGUAUACGUCCGCUACGGUGUUUAACCCAUCCCUGGAAACUUUAGUUUCGUGCAGACAGCCAAUCAGUUCAACAGGAAGUCAGGCUACGCCAGGGUUCCCACGAGAAUUUUGAGUAGGAGGCGUUUUCAAAAAAAUAGGUAACUAUGUUAUGCGGAAGGUACCACUCACGAGGGGCCGGGAGGGCGUCUCCCUGUGAGAUUUGCUGGGAACUCUGUGUGACUUAGAUAAGUCAUAAGUGGCUUCAUAGCCAGUAACUUGUCAGUAACUACCAGCUUAGAUAUAUAUCUGAUACUCCGUCCUCGUGAUUUUGCAGUCUGGGAUCCCAGAAUUCUUAAAUUCAACUACGUUUUGAAGCGCGCAUUUUGAAAGCGGAGUUAAGCCCGUUUUCCACUGGCGAAUUUUUUCGCUCGAAGCGACCUUUUUCCUUUGUCGGCAUCCGACAAAGGAAAAAGGUUGCUUCGCGCGAAAAAAUUCGCUAGUGGAAAACCGGCUUUAGCCCGUAUUACUCGGUGAUUCCCUAACUGUUUAAACCAUGGUUAAACGUAAAGUAUGGUUAAAAAAGAAUCGUAUUUACACGAGUGAAGAUAAUUUUGUGUUCUUGAUAAUACGGAAUUUAAGCUUCACGUUUCCAGGAACGGCAAACGGCAGGUUUGAAUUUUCUUGGCAAAAAUUUUGUUGAACGUUUUCGUUUCAUAUUUUCUUUCUUGUGUCAAAAGAAUAAUUAUGUAUUUCAGUUUUAAAGCAGCAAGCUAAUUUACUCUUUAUUGCCUGAUAUCGUAAAAUUUUUCUUUGCCUGCCGUUUGACGUAUAACGCGAAGCUUUUAAGCUUCGCGUUAUAGGAAAAAAAACUCUCUAAUAGUUAGUUGCUCAUGUUAUAUUGCUUCGGUCUAUGAGAGGUUUGCUACACUAUGGCCGGGGUCAUGACUCGUUGAAAGUGAAUAUCCAUGCUAGCAGAGUAUCUUCUGUCCUGACUUCGCUAAUAGACUAUACUUUGGCUAACAUUAAUUUUUCUGAGGAACAGAACUGGGGGUGCAGUGUAUGAAAUAUUCUACAGUAAGAUGUCGUGGUUUGUGUGAAAAUCAGGUCAGCUUAUUGAAGAUAUUAACAAGAUAUUAUUAUGCGUCUAUCAUUAAACUCAGGGACGCCGGAACUGGGGGGCAGGAGGGACAGCCGCCCCUGUUGCCCUUUGCCAGGAGGGGCAAGGAGGGGGGGGGGGGGCAAAGGUGCCCUUUCAAUUUAAAGGAUUGCCUUGGCAGAAAUAGCAGUGUCGGAAAUGUUAGUGCAAUUCUUUCACAAUUUCAACACCGAAAACAUAAAGUACAGUCAUCAACUUCGAGAAUAGCACAAUCAUACAGCGGAGAACCCCUCACACCCCUAUCAUCCAAUAUAAAUAGAAAACAUGAUUAGGCAGUUCAGCUCCCGAUGUUUUUCAAACAUCUCUUAGUAUAUAUCAGUUCAAAAGUGCAUGCCCUUUCACGAAAAUCUGCCCCCCCCCCCCUUGCCUUCGCAUCGUUCCGGCGUCCCUGAUUAAACUCAAAGAGACCUCGAUCUAUAUUAACUAAAUGUUGUUAGCAAAACAUUGUUAAUUCACACUACACAACGUUUGCAUAAAACUAUCGUAUGCGACAGUUUUAGGCAAAAGUUAUGUAGUUUAAGUCGGCCUCGAAUGUCUAUGUUACUGUUGUUCAAAGGCCUUAAUUCAUAUAAAUUGUUACACGCUUUGCUAGCUGGAUUAAAAGAGACUGCAAAUUUACUGGAAUGUUUGUAGAAUUUACACAUACACAAUGUACGAUAAGAAAAUAGAUAUAUAAAAACAUUUUCAUACUGUUUUGUUGUCAUAUUUUUAAACUACCGUACGUAUCUGCGUCAUAUUCCCUCUCCAUUCUCAAAAUUUCUAUUUAAAGACAAAGUACUCGAGAAGCGCGAAAUUGAAAAAAAAAUGUUGGCGUCACGAUCUCUUGACGUAUAUCCGGAAUUAUCAAUCAACUUUAUUAUCAAGUGAUUUGCUAUAAAUAGGGAAAGGUCUGAGUUUUUUUUAGACGCUGAUCAGCGCAAAAAGAACUCUCUCCCAACUCUCCACUAAACAUUUGUGGCUGUCUUGUUUCAAUGCGAUCGAAGGCGCUGAAUCUUCAAUAAUUACACACGUAGAAAUCUCACAACUUGUCAACAAGAUGUGUUCGCAACAGGCUUGUAGCAAGCAACAAGUUGUAACAAUGUUGUUGUUUCAUCAAGUUGCUACAAGGUUGUCACUCGCAACUUGUGGACAAAUUGUUGAAUCGCAGGACGAUCACAAGUCGUUGGAACAACUUGUAACAAGUCUGUGGAGUUCAACAACCUUGCAGUAAGUUGUCAACAAGGCGUUGAUAACUUGUCAACAAGCUGGGGACAAGCAGUAUGGACACAUCCUGUCGACAGUAGGAUUAUUUUGUGUUCGGAAUUCGGCAUGGGUGUAUUCAAUCUUGGGUGGCUGGAGAAACCUAUUUACUUUUGCUCGGAGAAGGAAAGAUUACCGUUAACCUUUGUAGCGUUAACCAGUUUUAACAACAAUUUUACAUAAUGUUUGUUAUGUUACUCUGAGUGUGCAUCCACACCGGGCAAGCUGAAAAGUUAGCUUGGCCACGGUGGGAAACGAACCCACGACCUUUAGGAUACCAGUGCAAUGCUCUGCCAACUGAGUUGUAUAACAAACAUCACAAAGUAACAUAACAAACAUCGUAUUCACCUGAGUACAUAACACCAGCACACACAAAAUAGUCAAAUUUUACAUAACUUAAGCAAUAAGUGUGGUUCCUAAGAAAUGAACCUUGUAGGGGGUGAAACAUUAACAUACCACGCAAUGAAAUUUCCUCCCUGGUCCGUUACCACAAGUUAAAUAUAUGACCAAUUAUUGACACCGCAACGACCUAGAGCCACUGCCUAGAGCUCACGAACUAUCCGGAUUUGUUAAAUUAAACUGAAUGUUUACUUUGAAUUUCAGAAUUAAUAUAUGAGAAGUAAGAACAUGUAUUUUCUAGAACCAGAUUAUUACAGGCACAAUAAUUCGAUAUAACACUGCUUGCCAUUUGGGGACCUCACAGACAUGUUGCAAAUUGUUUCAACAUCCUCGUAUCGUCCUGCAACAAUUUACUAACAAGUGCUGAUAACAAGUAAAGCCGAUUACAGACGAGUACGUUCGGAAUGUUUUCGUAUGACAAGUUUCAUUCGCAGUCAUUCGAUCAAUUUCUAAAGUUAAUUCUUUUUGGAUUUAUUUUAUUAUUCUGGUUAGGGGGUUGGGGGUUAGAGUAGGGUAAGGUUUGGGUUAGUUACAUAGCCAUUUAACACUUCUUCCGAAAAUGACGUCACUUCAGUUUGGUAGAUGGACUCAAGUGCUGACCCAUUCGCUCGUCUGUUUUGGCCAUUGGCAAAGUACAAAUUUUCUUCGUCUGUAUGGGUGGAGAAAGAAAAUUUGGCGAAGUGAUUUGCCAUGCGGUUGGACAGCGAUUUAUUGUUGUGAUAGCUAAUAAUAACUGGUAUGGCGGGCAGAAAACCACAAACCUGUCAUAGAAAAUUUGUUGCACGAUAACACACGUGAAUUUGGCAAAUAGAAUUUAAUUGCCAUAUAAAAACGUGUCAUAUACAGGGUGUAUCAAAAAAAGCGCAAUCCUCGACUGAAGUGUAAAUUGCUAAACAAAUAAUAGACGAAAACGUUAAAGUUUACAUUCAUUUUAAAGCGUAGCCAUUCAGCUUUCUGACAGUGGGUUGUUUCUUAAAUUUGACUCAUUGGUUCGCGGGUAAUAAUACUUUACGUUAUUGCAAUUGGAGAUUGAAUAUUGAGAUGGAAUAACAAAUCGUUCUCAUGAAAAUAACUGAUUUUUUCAUUAAAACAAAAAAUGUUGCAUUUUAUUAAAUGGAUUGUAACAAUAAGUAUAAUUACGGCUUUUCUUCCACUAUUUGUAACUCAGUUUGAAACUUCAAAUGCGAUAUAAUUUCGGCUUGGACCAUCUAAGCUGACUGACAUCAACUUGCUAUAAUUUCUGUUUACAUUACAUCGCAAUUCGAUGACACUCUGGCUCAGACACCAGAAUGUUUUGACGAUUUUUAGCAUUCGUUUAGGAUUUUCAAACAACCUGGUCUCUUUAAAAAUACUUUUAAUUUGUUCUUACGUGGUUUUCCAGAUGUAGUGACGACAACAUUAAAGUUUAAAGAAGAAAAUUCUAACAUUUAAACCGACUAAACAAUAACAUAGUAAACUUGCAUAAUUAAACAGCAACUAAAAAUGUUAGGUUUUACUAAAUCUUUUCCUGUGCAAUUAUUACUAGCAUUGGAGGCAAGGAUAACAGUUUGUUUGAAAGAGAAAAGAACAGGCUUUGAAGUAAGCCUAAAAGCGUUUAGCUAGAGAUAGUAUUUCGAAAGUUAUUAAGCACAAAAGAUGAAUUGCGUUUAUUUUGAUACACCCUGUAUAGCUUGUUUGUGACCGGCUUGAGCUACUGACAACCAUGUCGCAACUUGAACAACAACGUUGCAACCUAUUGACAACCUCUCUGGCAUGAGGCAAACACGUGACUGUCAGUGACGAACCUUGCUUGAACUUGUACGAUAUUUAGCCAUGAGUUCACAAGUAUACGUAAGCGGAGAUGUUUAGUUUCUUGACAACAUACGUAAAUAGAGCAAUUGCUUUGAAGCAGUUAUUUCCGUGAUUAAUAUCCCAGGUAUGCCUCGUCUCUUUUCCACGCGUACAAGGCUGUCCUCUUUCGCAAAAUCAUUUGUCUGGGAAGAAAAAUUUAACGACUUAAUCGUUUCCUUUUACGUUUUCUGGCAAGUAUUGUGUUUGCAUGCAGCGUUUGCUGGAACAAAGACAAAGAUUGAAAGUGGAUUGAAUCCCCCACAUUGUGUCUUUGUUUCGCUGACUGAUGGUGCCAGCCGACAAUUAGUUUUUAAGUAGAAAAUGUAUGUGGCAAGGUUGUUGCCAAGCUGAUAUUGGGUGGAUGUUCGCACUGAUUGUUCCCAGUUGUUGUGACAAGUCUGGAACAAGUUGUUAUCACCUUAUUAUAUAAGGUUCAUGACGCUAAAAAGACUUGCAUGCUAUACAAGUUGUUCCAACAAGACUAAUACAGCCUGUUCGUAACAAGUUGCUACGGGCUUCUUGUCAUCAACUUGUUAACAACUUGUUGCGAGCCUGUUGGCCUCAUCUACCUUGCUACAGGAUGGUAACAACUUGUUUUAGACUUGUCAACACCUGGGACAAGCAGUGCGAACACCGUAGUGUUGACAAGCUGUGAGAUAUUCGCGCGUGUACCAAAUGAAUACUUCGUAUUCUGCUUGGUGAUAAAUGGCCAUAAAGCGUUCCCAUGGGAAACAAGAGGUGUUCAUUGUUUUGACGAGGAAUCCAACACCUGGAUUAACGAUAUUGCUUUCUCGUGCUUUGUAUUUGUUCGCGUUUCGUGGGAAGCAGUCGUGCUUGACUUCUCGAGGACAUCAAAUGAAAGACUUUCGUUAUUAACGUCAGAAAGAAAAUGCAAUAUAACAAGGUUUGAAUCACUUGUGUCGUUGAAUGAUUCAUCCUUCUUUGUUGUUUAUGUAUCCUCAAUUUGUACUGUACAUUUUGAUUAUUUUAGCCUACAACGUUGGUUUUAACAAGACAAAGACGCUGAGCGAACACUCUCGACAAUUGGUAAGAAGCAUAUUGCGAAAUGAUUUAAGCUGGGAGCAAUAAACAGUCGUGGUUUGUGUUUGAACUAUACAUGAAAGAGUAUUCAAAUUACUUCGACGUUUCAAAGCCUUCGUCGAGUGCUGCACGGCUUGGCUCGAAACGAGUUUCAUGUUGUCCAAACAGAACCACGGCUCCUUAAUAUUAGUAUACUGUUCAAAUGUCACUUCAUGUGAAAGGCUGAAUUUCACUUGAGCAUAUUUCAUUAGGUAUGUAUUUAUAUGGAAAAGUUUCAAUCCAAUCAAAUAUAACUUAGCUUUGUGUAAGAUUUCGUGUGUAUCUGUUGAGGUAAUUAGUGCUAAUAUUUUGAAAAGUUGGAAAUUUCCAUGUGUAUAUUUGAAUGCGAAUAGAACGGACGCCGGCCUAAUUUGUUAUAAAUCGUUCUUUCUAUACCAGCGCUGCCUACGUUUGCCAGUACCAUCUUGUUGAAGCGUCUAUAUACGUCCUAUACCCUCCUCUUUUGACAAAUCGAAACGUCUCUUUUGACCAGUGCUUCAAGAAAGGCAGAAGACGCAAGACGAACUCUCGAGAAACCGACAGGUAAGAAGCAUUGCUCAUUGCGCUCAAGUAUCGAAGAUACUUGCAAAAGGUAAAGUAGUACCAGAGAUGUUUCUAAAGCGUGGUUUCCAUAUGAUCGUAAUGGUUGUAAAGAUUGAGUCACGAUCUUUCUCAUCAGCCGAAAUACAACAUUUCAGAACUGAAAAUACGCGGAGUGAUUAUAACUAGAGAAUAUAUACUUAUGAUUUAUAUGUGGUUUACAGGUAUAAACUAUUAUAAACUGACCGUUGAGAAAGAUCGUGACUCUAUUUUUACGACCAUGCAUAUGGGAACUAAAGGCCGCGGACGACCAGUUGAAUUAGUAAACAUAAACAGCUCGAAACUCGUCGAGUUUCAUUAGCUAAUCUCCACUUGCAUGCAUAUAAUAUCUAUACGGUAUACAUACGUGACCCAAUACAGUGUAGAUUGUAUUAGGUAGAAAGUAUUACACGGAAAAAGGUGAUUGUUCAGUUCAAACCAGGGAUCUCUGGUUCGCACCGGCUAAGUUUGAGCGCCGCAGUAACAAUGCGUAGGCAGUGUCGUAGCUCAACGCGCCAAUAUGGCAAUAUCAACUUCGCUAUACAGACUUGUGAUUACGACAUGUUUCCAUGUCUCCGAUAAUUUGAUAUUUUGUUUUUCGCCGAAAACCACAAACAUUUGAUAACGAUGAUAACGCAAUUCUAUUCUCCACGCAACCUUUUUCUAGAAUCUCCGUGCAAAGCGCACAAUUUGCGCAGCUGCAUGCCUAUCACCACGCGCAACACAAGGUCGUCGAUCUCUAACGGAUCCGCGUCAACACAGGACGCCGAAUUCCCCAGACGAACUUGUAGCGUGAUCUAUACUGACGGUGAUUCUGAGAAAACAAAUCAUGUCUGGUAUCUGAUAUAGUUCGUCUAAAGCCUCUUACCCAGACAAGCAAUUUUUAUUUGCUGAUGCGUACGGCAAAAAAAUUGAAAGUUUUUGUUGCCAAGGAGCCUUGUUCCAUAGCCAGUCAUGGCAGCUUUUGGACAAAGAAAACUUUUGUUCGUGUGAACGGCCCCCAAGGAAACUUGACAAUUGUGUACAAGAAAUAGCUUUAGGGUUUGGGCCUACAAGAGGCGGCGUUAUAAUUGAUGUGAGAUAAAUAGCUUAACAACAUUCCGCGCACGAACUGCAACAGAAUUUGUCAAGGGAAACUUGUUGACCGUACACACGAAAAGGUAAACUUGUCAAGGAAACUUGUUAACAAAAACGUGCUCUUCUGCGUGAGAUUUUAAUGCCCUAUUUUACCGACAUUGACGGCCGAUUAUCAUGCAACGGACGCAAAUAUUUCCAAGGAGACGUGCCAUUCAUUUAAUUCAUAACGUGUAGCCUAUAUAUAUUCCCGUUUCAUUUUGUUGCGUGCAGAUCUAUCUGAAAAUCUCCAUAGCGUUUUAAUUGGAGCCUCUGUGACUGCCCUUGAAAUCUUAUUUUGACGUAAUUUGACAGAUAUUGCUUGUAUUUUUGUCAAGUUCGAUUACAAGUACAAGGUCAAUGAUUGAAUGCAUGUGAAAUUACACGUAGGUCACCACAUAAGUCGUUGGCAAAUAAAAACAAAUGCUCACGCGUACUCCCAGUAUGUAUAUUAUUUAUAAAAUCAUCCAUUUAAAUUCUAUUAAUGACGUGGACAUUAUUAAUACAAUCACUUGAUUUUAUGCCAUAUUAUAAUUUUUAUGUUUUAAACACGUAAAGUUCUAAAAACAAAACCCCCCUUAUUAUAUGCGCAUAAUUUGUACAAAAUUUGACUUUAAAAUUUUUCAACGAAAUUAAUUUCUUCCUGCAAAGUUAAUUUCUUUGAUCCCAACCUAUAUUUCCGACAAGAGAUUGAUGGGAAGAGUACAUAAGCCUUCUAAUGGCUGUUUAAGACCCACACAAUUAUGAUAUGAAGCACAGUUACGUUCCUACGCAAAAUUCAUUAAGCAUUUUAUGAGCCGGCCCAGUCUUGAGUCUUAGAUAUAUAGAUAUGCUCUUUCAACCUCGUUUAAAUAAACUUUGUCUUUAACACAUCACAAAUAAAAACGAUUUGAAAUUGGAAAAAAAGAUUACUCUAAUUUUUGCCUAGAUAUAAAACUUGACUUAAUUUUAUUUCAUUUUGGGCGCCAUUAGCAUUAUUUGCACAGCGUGGGUUUGAAGAGUCCUUAGUGUACAUAAAUGUCAUUGCUGAAAAGCAACGUAGGAUCUAAACAUUCUCGCUGUAAGCUGUAAAGUCUUUGAUGACCGCUUCCGUCCGCCCUAAAACCGUUAUACAACUGGCGAAUUGGGAUUGAAUCUGCAGGCAAACGGGUGUGUAUAUAUAAUUGGUGCUUUAGCGCGCUGGGAAGAAGCGUAUACAUAGGACGAACUAACAUUGAACAGUCGUAUCUUUGAGCACGUAAUAUUUGAACUUUCUCUAGUAUGUUAGUAGAGUCAGCACUUUUUUAAUUAUAUACCACUCACAUUUUCCAAGCUUUUGUAUAUACCGACUAUGACUAGAUAAACUAUAGUCGUUCAGACUCUGCCGUUUGUGAGUUCGUUUAUCCAAGUUUCAGUGAUCAAGAAGAGAUGUCCUUACUGGACCUCAAGGAAUAACAGUGCAGAACUGAGUGAUAGAGCUAUCCAGUAUAAAUAACGUUAGUCUAAUUGAAUUUAAGUUUCCUCCUGUAGUAACACUAGACCACUAAGGAUUGACACUCACUGGACCUCUGGGCGGGAAAGUCGCUAACGGGUAAAGCUUUCGUGUUCCUCCCCAACUAUAGAAAUUGUCUGGAACUCAUUCCAAGGUCACCUAGGCGACCACGAUUAGAAUUUGACCUGUCGAACUGACCAAUCACAUUUCCACGAUUUCUAUAUACAUUCUAAAUUUGAAGUGGCCAUAUUGUUAACAGAGAUACGCCAGUGUGCAUCUUAUUUAAUCCUCGCUCCCGAUUGGUCGUUCGCCGACAGCUGUAGUUGCUCUAUGCGACAUCUUAGCCAAUCGGCGUCGAGAUUAACGUUGUAUUCUUUUCGUUUGUUUACCGUAAUUGAACGACAGCGAAACAAAACUGCCUUCACAACGAUUCAUCUUCACGAGAAUUCAAAGAUGAGAUUAUUUCAAAUCAUCCUUGCUGGGGAAUAAAGUAUGGAAGUGGAAUUCAAAUCCCACAGGUAUCUGUGUAUGUUUGUGCGCGUCGAAUUGUUGUUUGGGCGGCUUUGAAAAUAAGAUAAAAAAAAUCGCAUUCAUUAAAUUGUCUUGUAUUUUUGCGAGCUCGUGUUUGCAAACGUUGUGCAACCUUGAAAUUAAUAACGUUUGUGCAACAUUUAUAUACUCCAAGUAACAUGUAAGCAAUACGUUUGCAACAAAAUACUCCGUAUUUCUGCGUAUGUUUCGUUUUAAGCAAAGCAUGAAUAAAUCUAGUGCGUGCAAAAUCCUUGCCCAAUAUGCACCUGUAAACUAUUUUUUCUUAUGCAAACGAAUCUCUUGUCUAUCCAUGAUUUUUCACAUAUAAUGUUUUCCUCUUUGUAGCUUCACGAAAGUUUUGCUAUGCCGAAAGCGCUGCAACCAUUGCGAGAAAAUUAUCCGAUUUUUUGGCCUCCGUUGCCGAAAUUGCCGGUGAGAUGAUGUUGUGAAUUUUAGCUGUUGAUCUGCCCAGUCGAUAUUAGUCUGCGGUGGGAGAGACUAAUUCGUCGUAUGGAAUAAUUUAAUCUUACGCUGGUGUUUCUAUUUUCGAAUCUAAUUUUUGUUAAUUUCUUUUUAGCAUAAAAUGCCACAAAAGUUGUUCCAUUAUGUUAACAGCUCAAAGCUGUUACCCGUGUUGCAAUAAACGUGAGUAGUAUAGAUUCAUUUGUUGCCCCAUAUAGAACUGCGAUUAAAAAUUCAUGCAUUUGCAAGUUCAUCAAUAGUGCUUGCCCUGGAUGUUUGCCAAAGGUGCAAAUGAAAUUGUAGAAAUUUAAAUUAAAUUCGGCGCAAGCUUUUUCUAAACGCGACUAAUGGUUUUUAAUGGACGCGGUACGAUGCUAUAGCCUAUUAGUCCGCGUCGUUCGUAUAUAAACAGCCGAAAGCUUACGGAAUGCCCACGUCGUUUAAAUGUUAUGUGGCUUAGUCCAAUCUGAUCAAUUACAUAGCGGUAAAGUUAAGCUGCAAAUUUGUCGUCAUGAGGAAAAAUAGUUUCCAACAACGGACAAUUACUGUUUUAUUAUGUUUCAUGCAGCACGAUUUUGAACUGUUUGUAGCUGAACUACGUGAAAAAGACGUGGAAGCACAUUUUCUGAUAAAUGUCGUUCCCUCGAAGCGCGUAAGCCGGGUUAAUCUCUUUUUCAUGGAUAGUUCAGACACAAACCACAACAGCUAUAACACUGAACACUUUUGGACCUCCAUGUUUGAGAUAUCUAUUCCAGGUAGUUGAGGCACAAACGAUGGAAUACUACGACGGAAUACUAUUGUAGAAUACUACCUACAUUGGACCACCACGUUUGAGAUAUAUUUUUAAUUAAGGUAGUUCAGAGGCGACAGUUUAUUGUAGAAUAUGCUACCUAUACACUGAAACUUCACGUUUGAGAUAUCUUUUUCAAGUAGUUCAAGCACAAACCACGACAGCUUAUUGUGGAAUACUACCUACACUGGACCACCACGUUUGAGAUACCUUUUUCAGGUAGUUCAGACACAGACCAUGAUGGCAGCUUAUAGUAGAAUACUAUACCUACACUCUAGACAUCCAAGUUUGAGCUGGCAACAAGAUUUUGCCUGUUGGUCCAAAAGUCAUUGGCUAACUGAAAAAGAGAACAUUUCCUAUGAGACCCUAACAUUUCGAAAUUUUUAUUCCUUUACAGGCAAUAGGAAAUUAAAGUCUGCUUUCCUAAAACGAAAUUUCGGCGGAAAUCAUUUGAAGAGCGAGCGCGAGCUUAACGAAAAAAACUUGGACAACACUCGCAAUGUUCCCGCGUUAAAAUGGAGAUUAGGUCCACAACAUGCAUAUUGCGUUAGCAACCUGCAAGCUUGCUCAGGUCUGCACAGCAACGGAACGAAUUUAGCUCGUCCUCCUGUCAAUUUAACGAACUAUAUUUAUCAAAGAAGAAUGCAUGUAUCGGCUGAGGACGUUUGUGGUUCUUGCGAUAACUUAGAACAAAACUGGCCCGUUGGGAACCGGUCAAGAUUUUUAUACAGCUCUGGUACGCAUGCUUCGAGUCUUCAUCCCCCGUCAGCUCUGUCGUCCGGGUAUUCGUCCGUCAACCAAUCCUGCGCCUCCUCGGCCGGGACUGGAUCACAACGCAGUCGGUCACCGACGCCAGAUCAGUUUGAAACUCUGAGAGAAGAAAGUCCACUCCGAGAGACGAAAAAGUUUGGCUACCAGUUAGGCGAGAGUUGUAGUUCUAAGGGUUAUGGUCUAGAGAGGGGCGAAGAACUCGUUGUUUGCGGCGGGGGCGACAGACAUCCCUCUAAUUCACCUGUGAGAGGUAAGUCACGCUUUUAACUGAUCUCAUCUCAAAAAGGGAUUGAUACGUCAUGUAGCUAGCCGAACACCUGCGCCGGUUGCUCAAAUGUGCAUUAGCGUUAAUCCUCCGGGUUAAAGUUUAACCUUCGGUUUUAGUUUAUAUGUAUUUCUACAUGUCUGUUUAUUUCGAAACCUCAGGGAAGAAAACUCCUAUCGAUCCAGACAAGAUCUGUGAAGAAAUAUUUUCAAAUUUAUAGAGAAGCUUUCAGGAAGUUUGCUUUGAAUUUUAGGUUAACCAAGCGGGUUAACUUAACCCAGCUUUGAACAAGCGAUCCCUGAAAACUAGCGUACACGCAGGCCGGCGCUAAAUGCGUCCAGGUAGUCGACAAAAUAUCGAAUCGCAGUCGGCAAAACAUGGGAUUUGGAUAGAAAGGAGAAAUAUAUACUAUUUGAGUGACACCGAUUAAAAAUUGAGAAUGAUAGCUAAAAUGUGGAGAAAUUUACCAAACAAUUUUUGGGAAAAUGAAGAACGAUGGUUAAACAAAAAAGAAGAUUGAGAAAUAUGUUCUCCGGGAAAAAAAUUUGAUGUUGACUUGUGCCGCCGGAAAAGAAAUAUUAAUUAGUAUAAUUAUAAUCCUGAUAAUCCUAGAGCGUUUAAAAAUAUAUGCCCGAAAUGCGACUCUGUACGAAGUUUUGCAUAUCGCCGAUAUCUUGUUGCUAUGUGAAACUAAUAUAAUUUGUUCGUAUGUUUGUUAGUCUGUCUCGUUAAAUGUCUGUUGUUUGCUUGAUUGUACGUUGUUACGGUAACCCGAUCACACUAUUUUGUUGUUAUAAUUUUAAAUUGUUAUUCUAAUUUUAUGUUGGCAAAGUUGAUAAAUGUAAAUGUCAAUUGUUUAAUUGUUCGAACUUCUAAUCAAAUAUUCAUGGUUGAUAUUCUGAUUUGGGACACAUGUUGAAACAGAGGACUACUAUUGUCAAACGUACUGGCAAACUAAACUGGCAUAUAAGUUGUAUAAAACAUCCGUCCAAGUUUAUGCUUGAUCUAUCGAACCAUGCUCAAUGCUUCUAAUCACAUUUCCCGCCUGGCUGAAGUCAUCUUCUCUGAUCACUUCCCUCGUUUCUAGGAAGUCCAGUAUUUUUCUUGGAAAGCGAUGAUGAAUCGUCUGGUGAAUGGGAUGGAGGGGAUAGAUUAGGAAGGUAAAACUUACUCCUCGUCAUCUGCCCGGCGUGUAAGAUAUCAGAGACUAUACAGUCUGGACCGGGUUGUUCCAAUCACGAUUAGCGAUAACCUUGCGUUACUGACUUAACCCGUUGUUUUAGUUUGCGCAUUUACAAAGCCGUUUUAGACUACGUUCGGAACGGUUUGAAAACGGCGCAGAAAAGUCGCAAUUAGCCAUCGCGCACACGGAGCGAGAUGGAAACGCGGAACGCUUGGCGGCUUCGUGUCAACACAAACGCCGCGUUACUUUUUUGUACAGCUUGCAAACCAAGCAUCUCAGGUCUCAAAACAGUAAAGUCGAGUGCUUUUCGUUUAAAUUUCUUUGCUUUGUUUGGAAUAUUUUGAGUUUACAUGAGUGCUAAUUUAAUUUGUAAACAAACUGUAACGGCAAAGUGUGCCGGCAUUUAGCUUCCGAUGCAGUGGGAACGAAGAACUAUGGAGAAUAAAACUUUUAUUGAUCCAGAUAGUUUUCUGGAAAAAUAUUUCUAAGUUGUAAAUACCGUUGUUCAAAUCUUUUAUUCAGUAUUAAUUAUUGGAAAAAUGUUUGAAAAAGAAAGUACUUAGCCUAGGUUUGGUUUACACUAUACAGCGCGAAAAAGCAGGUAUUCGAUACGGAAUGUACAACUUUCAGAAGCUGAGCGAAACAACAUCUCUCCGUUGCAAUAAUUCAUCUGAAAAUAGCGUUCCUAAAAGGUACGGACAGAUGUUUUUCACGUCGCUACGGAAAGUUAUCCGAUAAACGGAUCCUUAGUCUUCACUUCACAUAAUCAUUGUCGUUAAUCAUUUCUUGUGAUUCAUUUUUACAGCUUGAAAACAAGAAAUGGAUUAAAAGUAAGCUUUCUUCACUAUUCUUCAUUAUUCUUAAUUAUUCUUGUACAGAUUACUGUUGCAGAUGCCUGGUAAUUGUUUUAUCUCAAAAAGUCUGCGGACGUUUCCACUGACACUGUCAAUCUGGAUGUUUGUUUUAGAAAUCGCUGAAAGAGCUGGAAAUACGAUAUUCUGAUUUAGAAAUUGAUUCGAAAGUCGGUGUUGGCCCAAACGGACCAGUGUAUAGGUAUUCACAAUACAGAACUGUCAUUCACACGUGACAACGCACAAGUUGUAACAAGCCUGCAGCAGACUUGUAGCAAUUGCUGUUCCAACAACUUGACAACAGGAUGUGUUCGCACUGCUUGUUCUCAGCUUGUUCGGACAACUUGCUACAAGGUUGUUGAGCUUAACAGACUUGUUACAAGUUGUUCCAACAACAUGUUAUCGUCUUGCAAUUCAACAAUUUGUCAACAAGUCGCGAGUGACAACCUUGCAGCAACUUGAUAAAAUAACAGCAUUGUUAAAACUUGUUCGCAAGCUUGCUGGAAGCCUGUUCCGAACACAUCUUGUUGACAAGUUGUGACAUUUUGACGUAUGUAUACAGUAAAUAACGAUGUAUAUUACAACCCUUUCUACGUCUGGAGCGAAGUCUAUUUGUCAGUCUUGUCAGGAUAGUACGGUCUAUCAUUAUCAUAGUAUUAUCAUAAUAUUUAAACACGCUGUUUUUCAUUCUUCAGAGGUCGUUGGCACGGUGACGUUAUGGUUCACACACGCAAAGCAUCGCAACGCGAAGAAGUUGAAGAAUUUCGGAAAGAGGUAAAAACUGUUAGAUAUAAUUUUACAGCCUUACUUACAGCCAUACGCCCACUCACUUUUGAGUUUCAUUUCUCGAAGUCUACGGCAAAAGGCUCUCUAGGAGAAGACUGAUCUAUUUCACCUUUCUUGUGCAUUUUUCUUAAGGUUUUUCUCUUAAGUAUGAUUCGACAUGAGAACGUCAUGUUAUUUAUGGGAGCCUGUUUUGAACCUCCAAAUCUUGCUGUUGUUGUCAGGUUAGUCACAUACUGUCUACGUUUCAAAAUUUCUGACCGAUGUUUCUCCAGAUAGAUUAUUUUCCUCUCAACAAAUCGCUCUAAUUUUCUUGUUUAGUUUAAGGAAAUGCCUUUCAAUUCACAAUCAUCUUCAUUGUCAAGAAUCGCGAUGGUCAAUGGCGACGAGACUGAAUAUAAUGUUGCAAGUUGCUCAGGUAUGAAAUGAAGCCUUUCCAAAACGGUUAGUGUAUCCCCCCUUUCAUCUGUGUGACGGAGGUUUAUUCUCGCAAUGUACAGUUCUCUGAUUUUAAUUCCACCUCAGUCACAUGCGAGAAGAGUGUUUCCAUUUUCUCAUUGCCAUACACCGCCACCGGGUGCAGUUUCCUCUAGUAAUAUUGGUCUGUCUAGCCAUUACUUGACCUCUAGGGAGACCAGUCCAGAGCUGACCCAGUUGUUCAGCGUAGAAAAGCAACAUAAUAAAGGUGGCUAUCAGAGCUCUUACUCAUUUUGUUUUGUACGUCUAGGGAAUGAGUUAUCUUCACGCUAAAUGUAUCACGGUGCCAUCUCUUCGAACUAUGAAUAUUUUUCUCGAAUCGAAAGUGAAACUUUGUAUCAAUGAUUAUACUUGCUUGCAUCACCAAGUCAAGAGGUAAAUGUUGUCGCUGUAGCAUGACAGAUCUUGUUUCCACUUCAAUACGCUUGCAUGAGUGUGCAUUUAACGGGUUUUUUUCUUUCCACCAAUCAGGGGAGGAUAUGGUAGUGUACCACAAGGUCACCUGACCUAUCUUGCUCCUGAGGUUAUUUCAAAAGUUGAUGUUGAUCUUUCGUCUGGUCGUAUUCUUGAUACCACAGUCAGGACAAGGAAGAUGGACGUGUACGCUUAUGGGUUAGUAAACUAACUUUAUCUAUGCUGGAUAGAUGUUGUAGUUCUAAAGUACUCUUCCCAAAGAUUCUGUAAGGAUCAUCUCUAAACUAACUUCAUUUGUACUGGAUAGCUCAAUCAGUUCUAAAUUGUUCGCCCUAGAUGUCCAGCAAGAAUCAUCCCUUAUUGAUCUAGUGUUUCUACAGGAGGAAACCUAAACUAAACUAACUUUAUUUAUACUGGAUAGCUCUAUCAGUUCUAAACUGUACUCUCUAGAGGUCCAGUAAGAAUCAUCUCUUAUUGAUCUAGUGUUUCUACAGGAGGAAACCUAAACUAAACUAACUUUAUUUAUACUGGAUAACUCUAUCAGUUCUAAACUGUUCUUCCUAGAGGUCCAGUAAGGAUGAUCUGUUAUUGCGCCACUGUUACUAAAUGACUGCCAGAGUACCACUGCCAUUAUUGUAGAUAGGGAGGAAUACAUGCAACUCAGCAACUGUGUGAUGCAACCACCUAAACAUUUUGUUUAACGUUUUAUUUAGCACGGUAAUGUACGAAAUUCUGACGGAUAAAUGGCCUUUUGCAAACCUUUGUCCUGAGACAGUCAUCUGGAUGAUUGGAAAAGGUCUGCCUCACUCAUUAACAAAAGUGAAAGGUCCAGACUCGGUAAAGGUAAGCGACUAAACUAACUUUAUCUGGAUAGAUCUAUCAAUUCUAAACUGUUCUCCCUAUAGAGUUCCAGUAAGGGUCAUCUCUUAUUGAUCCAAUGUUGCUAAAAGAGGAAAAUGCAGUACCCAGAGGAACCCUGCGGUGUUUGAUAGCGUCCAACUGGAUUAUUGGAACUACUCUUCUCGCAAGAAAUAAGGCAAAUAUUUAUUGUUGAUUUGUUGUAGGAAUUAAUCAAGAGUUGUUGGUCACACGACCCACACCAACGCCCGGGAUUUGUUCAUAUAACUCAAGUUUUGAAACAGAGAAAUGUAAGUGACUAUACUAUAAAGUGUACUAUUAUCAUAACAGGGCCUCUAUCAUAACAUGGCCUCUAAUAUCGUCAUAACAGGGCCUCAUAACAGUGCCUCACACCACCGUGGCUGACAAUUUAUCUGAGGGCGAUCCCCAUAUCCUCCUGCAAAAUACAAGUUUGCACUUUUAAAGUUCAAUAUCUCCUAGUUAGAUCCUCCUUUCUUGACGGUCCCUCGACAGGCCCUGUACCAUAAUAUAUAACACAAACAAUCACAAAGUAUAGACACUAUAUAAUAAAUUAAUUAAGUUCUCAAUUCUAGAUAUCAACAAACUGCAUUUCACGACGUCAUAGUAUUUCUGAACCUGAGAAAAUGCAGUAUGUUGGAAAAUUCACAGAUUAUUGUCCAAUCAAGAGAAUUUAA